AUGUCGACGGUGAGUGACUCACCCCCCGAUUAUUUGCAUUGUAACACUGCUUCUGGGGACAAUGGCCUUAGGAACCCGUUGUUGCGAUAUGUAGGUAGCCAUAGUACUUUGGAAUUGCUAUUGCGAUGCCAAGAUAUCCAGUGUUUGAAUACGGAAAAACCGUCAAAUGCGCUUGUAGGUAAACUUUAUGCUAUGUGUUCGAGGCAAGAAAUUCUACAGAAAAUAAAUGUCAACACAGCCAAUGAUCUGGAACGAUCUAAGGAUAAACAGGUAAACAAACACCUUGCCUUGAAAUCGUUCCAACGCUCUGAUGCCAGUCGUACAUUUUCCCCUGAAGAGAUUAGACCUCUGAUUUGGUGCCGUCGCACUAUAUAUAAUAUACUAUGCCACUUUAUAGACGCAGAUAUAACACAAAAGCCAUAUCUUAUGAGGAAAGAUUAUUCUUACAUUGACGUCUAUAACUUCCUACGCGACAGACUUAGGAGUAUUUGGCAAGAUCUCACUGUACAACACUGCACUAAACAUCGCUCCUACAUAGAGUGUUUUGAAAUAAGCAUUCGAUUUCUUUUAUAUUCACAUUACCAGUUGUUGGAUCAUCCGGAAUAUGAUUCAGUUCAGAAUUUGGGCCUAAUAAAUACGUGCUUGGUGAAGUUGAUGAAUGGCUACUCUGAUGUUAAAAAUUAUCGCAACAAAUUUCCCGGCAAACCCGUUGAUCAAAUAUCUGAAAUUCUUGUAUAUUCUUCGCCACACCAGGAUGAAUUUUGGUCCUAUCGCCUAUUGCUAGCCAUUAGAAAUAUACAAAAUAAUGGUGGAGGAACGAUAUUCGCAGACAUUUGCAAAAGGAUUCCUCACGACAUUUUUAAGAGCCCUCUAGUACAAUUUGCUGCCAAAACAUAUAUAGCAGCAUAUGAUAACAACAUAUGCAAAUACUUUAAACUUAUUCAAUCAGCCAGCCCAUUACAGGCCGUACUGAUGAAUAGGUUCGAUGGCAUAAUUCGCAUACGCUGGUUAUAUUAUCUCACUAAGGAUAAGAUACUGAGAUCGCCUAUGGCUUACGACACCUUUAUUAAACACUUUGGUUAUCUUUCUGGCGAUAAUAAUCAAAUCGAUUCGGAUAGAUUAACUGAUGUAAUAAAAUCAUUUAUCGAACGAUAUGGCAUUGAGGUCACCAUUGACGAAAGCAAUUCCAAGCAUGUAAACCUAUCAGAUGUGAAAAUGGAUGCCAUAGAACAAGAUAUCCAUGCACUAGCUAAAGUAUGUAAUAAGAUAGAGGUUAGGAGUCAAACCGUUGACCUGAAAUUCCAGAUAUUUCUAUCUCGACAAAAAAUAUUGGACCCCGACUUUGAAUCGUUGCCACCAAUACCAUUUGACACUAAGCUCAAUACCGACGAUCAAAUAAAUAAGGUCGCAGUUUCACAACUUAAGCCACCUCAAAGCGUACAGCCAACCGUAUUUUCAACACAUACUACAACAACUGAUAAUAACUCAUCGCCCUUUUCCAUACAAAGAAAUACCAAUACUGGGUCUUCACCUUUUGAGUUUGGUAAUGGAACCAAUGGGCCUAGUUUUUUUGUAAAGCCUGAAAACGCAUUGCCCUUCCCACCCAAAUCAGAGAACUCCACUCCGUUUGUUGGAAUUAGAAAUGAGACACAGCCUCUAUUUGUUCCACUAAAAGAUAACUCCUCACACUUUUGUUCCAAGCCAGAAAAUCAAUCGUCAUCUACCAGUGCAAUAUCUGGUGCUUUAGGAAAUGACACUAGCACACCUUUUAUGGAUAUCAAGAGUGAAACAUUCCAAACUAAUCCAUCUGAACCAUCAUUUUUUAGCCCAACAAACACUAUUAUAAAUGCUGCUAACAACGAAAAUGCUCCAAAGAGCGAAGUUAACUCUUCACAAUUCAUACCCAUAGAGCCUGAUUCUUCCGUUAACACCAAUCCCAUAAUGCAGAUAAAAUUGGAAACUGCGGAUAAAUUUUUAGUUAUCAAGGAAGAAAACUCGAAGUCGGCUCAAUCUGACGUAGUUAUUGAAGCGCCAACACCUCUAUUUCAAUCAUUACAAUCAGUGACUACACCAUUUUCCCUAAUACCAAGUCAAACUAAGGCUGAUAAUGACGAAAUGAGUGAUAAAAACAGGCCCCCAUUCCCUAAUCUAAAUUUGGAAAACAUGCCUCAAUUAUCGACCAACUGCGAUUCAUACCCUUUGAAGCCAUUGAAACCCGACUUAUCCUCUUCAGUAAAGACUGCUUCUCCAUUCCAGCCCUUAGAAGUUACGUCAGAAACAUCUCAUAGCAUUGGAUGUGAGAUACCGCCAUUAAACUUGCAAAAUUCGUUGAAAUACAGUCCAUCAAUCUUAUGUUCUACACCAAUCUCCUCCCCUUCUUCAGCGUUAUCCACGGUCAUUUCGAACAUAUCUACACAUGAUAAAUUUGACACAUUAGAAUUUACCUCUUCUAUUACAGAUAAAGUAGCCUCAACUAGGAUAAAGGCUAAACACAUUUUGACAGAAAAGAAAAUACAACUCCCUUCCCUCUCCGUUCAAGCGGUAGCUGAGAUUAGGAAUUUACAAAAUUUACUUAAGAAGCGUGAAAGACCAGAUUUUACAGUGCCGAUGGUUGAAAAUGAGGAGGUUGUGAAGAAGGCAAAGUUAACCAAGAAAUCACAGAAACGCAACUUCCAUUAUACAAGGAUUACUUCUUUGCUUGAUCCUAGGCGCAUACUGAGGCUGUGGGUAGAUGAUGUCCUCAAUACUUAUUAUUACUACAAGCGAUUAGGGUUGAAUGCCUACUAUGCACUUAAAGACUUUAAGAGAACAGUUUCUAACUUUUUUAGCUGGAAGGAUAAUGAAAUAGACCCUAUGCUUGAAAAUCUCGUAUUGAAUGUGGCCAAUAUGAAUACUGCAAUUACAACAAAUAAAAUAUUUGGCAUUAAAAAUGUGACAUUCCGUAUACACUUUAUAUGCAAUAUAAAACUGUCUAAUGAAAGUUUUUGGAGCACUAAAAAUAACAUUUCCAACACUCCUACGGAAUGCUGUAUUGAUUUAGCAUCAUUAUUCCUUACUGAAAUGGGGUUUAGCAAUAGCCAUAUAUUUCUAAAUAAUGAGAUAUCAAUAUCAAAGUAUGGUUAUUAUAAAACUAAAGCUAAAGCAACUGCAACCUAUUCUUCCAAGAAGAAAUUCACUGCAAUAUACUCUUUAUCUCGUUCACCAGUGAUUGUAAACACUAAUAUACCUGCUAAUGGAUUUGUGUUAUUCUUGGAUAAACCUGUGGAUGUAGUAAUACGGGAUGGCGAUGUUACACACCAUAAAAAGCAUUUGAAUGAAUGGCUUAGAAAUUUGCAUGUAUUAACAAUUGAGCCCAUUCUUGAAAACAUUAAAAACUCGAAUGGCCGCCAUGCAAUGGUUGUAUUUUACAUUCUUGGGUUACAUUGUGACAAAUCUAGUAAUUUGGAUGCUAUGUAUGAAAAGAUUGACGCAUUCUCUAAACAUGUAAACAAUAUAAUCUUCAAACACCUUUCUUCCCUAGGUUCUGUAUAUUUGAGUGACAGAAUUAAUUCCGGCAGGAUGAGAGGGAAGAAAAGCAAGUAUUCGCCGUUUAUAGUAGGAAAUUUGGGUUAUGCGCGUAUUGAGGAUGGAGGGCAUAUAGAUUCUGUAUUAAAUUGUGAAAAUGUCAACUAUUGUAUAUCAACACUUAUCAGACAUUGUUUCGACAAAUGUGGAAUUAACUUGACUCUAAACCAACCAAAUUAUGAAUCCAUUAAAAAUUUUGCCGUAGAAUUACUGAUGGACCAGUUGACGAAUAAGGUACAUAUGGAUAUGUCCAAAACGCCAGUGGUUUAUAACUUGAGACGCGAAAUUGUAAGUGGAUUAUCAGAAGCUAUCCAUGAGGAGAUUUACAACUGUUAUGUAAAUUAUCCAUUGCAAACAAGAAAAUCCAUAUUUCAAUGCGUGAAAAAUAUGCUGUCUAAGAGCCAUAAAUCAAAGGACAACCACCAUACCCACUUUUUGUUAGAUCGUAUAAUUAAGCUCUUGAUCGGAGAGGAAAAUGCCACGAAGUGUACCAGUUUGCGUAACGAUUUAGAACUUUGCGUUGAAUCAGCAUCCGCUGAUUUCCAUUUGGGACCUGAAAACUUCCAAAUGAUUCCCAGGAAUAAGGGGUUGAUGAGUAUGCAACAUAUUUCAUCGUCAAUGAAGUUAGUGACCAAGGUGUUGGAUCAUUUGCAGAUUGAUGACCUUAGAUAG